AUGUCAGCUGGACCACUAAUAGAAAGAAACCAAGAUGCCACAAUUUAUGUUGGUGGAUUGGAUGAAAAAGUGUCAGAAGCUGUUUUAUGGGAAUUAAUGGUACAAGCUGGACCUGUUGUUAGUGUAAACAUGCCAAAAGAUCGAGUUACUGCAAAUCAUCAAGGUUUUGGAUUUGUUGAAUUUAUGGGAGAAGAAGAUGCUGAUUAUGCGAUGAAAAUAUUGAAUAUGAUUAAAUUAUAUGGAAAACCUAUAAAGGUUGGUGAUUUUAAUUAAAUCUAUAAACAAUAAAUAUCAUUUUUUGUAGGUAAACAAAGCAGCAGCACAUGAGAAAAAUAUGGAUGUUGGAGCAAAUAUUUUUGUCGGAAAUUUGGAUUCAGAAGUCGAUGAAAAAUUGUUAUAUGAUACAUUCAGUGCGUUUGGAGUCAUUUUGCAAGUUCCAAAAAUUAUGAGAGAUGUUGAUUCGGGGACAUCAAAAGGAUUCGCUUUUAUCAAUUUUGCUUCUUUUGAAGCUUCUGACACUGCUCUCGAAGCAAUGAAUGGACAAUUUUUGUGUAAUAGGUGAGUUUUUUAAAUAACAAAAAAAUUUCUUUAAUACAAAUUUCAAUUUCAGGGCAAUUACUGUUUCAUAUGCUUUCAAACGAGAUUCAAAAGGAGAAAGACACGGAACAGCCGCGGAAAGAAUGUUGGCUUCGCAAAAUCCACUUAUUCCAAAAGACAGACCUCAUCAAGUAUUUUCGGAUGUUCCACUUGGAAUGACAACAGCUACACCACUUGCGAUGCCUGGUGUACAAGCGGCAAUUGCGGCACACGCAACAGGUCGACCAGUUUAUCAACCACCAUCGUUAAUGGCUAUUGGAACAGGUUAUCCAGGGCAAUACCCACCAGUUCCGCCUCCUCCCCCACCACAAUCAGCCACACCGAUGCUUCCAACACCUGGAAUGACACCAAGACCCCCUCCGCCCCCGUCUUCUGGUGGAAUGUGGCCACCUCCGCCACCGCCACCUGGACGAACACCUGCACAACCAUCAAGAUUUGGAAUGCCGCCAGGAAUGCCACCCCCACCGCCUUCAUCUGCUAUGCGGUAAGCGAAAAAUUAAUACAUACUAAAAAACACAAUUUUGUGGAACUUGUAAAAGUUUUGCAGAAAUAUUGAUAUCUAAAAAAAAUAUCCGAAUUUUUCUACAGAUUCCCUGGAGGAAUGCCUCCACUUCCACCUCGAUUUGGUUCAACAGGUCCAAAUGCAUCAUUUCCUCCGCCGCCUCCGCCAAGUCGACCACCAGCUCCGCCAUCUUCUGGAUUACAUCCAGUUCCACCACCUCCACCUCCAUCCUAA